AUGGCAGCGAAAUCUUUAGCUGGUCGAAUAGCACUUGUCACAGGUGGAACACGAGGCAUUGGCAAAGGAAUUGCCAUUGAAUUAGGAGCUGCCGGAGCUCUCGUCUAUGUUACAGGUCGUACAAUGAAAUCUUCCAAUGGUAAAGGUGGUAGUUUAGAAGAAACAGCAGAAGCUAUUCGAAGUCGUGGUGGCGAAUGUGUUCCAGUACAAGUCGAUCAUGAGAAAAGUGAAGAAGUUGAAGCAUUAUUUGAACGAAUUGCUAAAGAACAAGAUGGUCGAUUAGAUAUUUUAGUUAAUAAUGCAUAUAAAGGAGUUGAACCUCUUUUAGCUGCAUCGGGUAAAGCAUUUUGGGAAGUUGAACCGUCAUUAUUUGAUGACAUUAAUAAUGUUGGCUUACGUAAUCAUUACUAUUGUUCGGUUUACGCUGCACGAUUAAUGGUACCUCGAAAACAGGGUUUAAUUGUGAUUAUUUCAUCACCAGGUGGUAUGCGUUAUUUAUUUAAUGUAGCAUAUGGAGUUGGAAAAGCUGCUUGUGAUCGUAUGGCAGCUGAUACAGCUACAGAAUUAAAGAAGUACAAUGUUGCUUCACUUUCACUUUGGCCAGGUGCUGUUUUAACAGAUACUAUUCAAGCGUCCGACAAUGGUGCAGGAUUUAAAAAAACUCUUGAAAAAUAUGGUAAACCAGAAACAGCAGAAUUUGCUGGUCGCAUUAUUGCUCAUCUAGCACAAAAUCCAUCAAUAAUGCAAUAUACAGGAAAAAUAGUUCUUACAGCUGAUUAUGGUGAGACUUAUGGCAUCGUUGACACAGAUGGUACACCUGCUGUUAAUAUACGUUCAUUCAGUUUUCUUUUUCGACAAGUAUCUGCUUUAAGUUGGUUAUCGGGAUGGAUGCCUAACUUUUUAAAAUUACCUCAUUGGUUAUGGCAUCAAGCUAGCAAUAAAUUUUAA